AAUGAGCAAUAUUCCACCCUCUCAACAUCCACCUUAAGCUCCAUAACCUGGCCCAUACUAAUAACCAACAUUCUAACCAGGUUUCGCUCCAUAAUAUGCUCCUGCUCCAGUUACUUAUGGACCCCCUCUUACCUCCUCACCAUUGAGAUAUUCACAACCACUUUAUCAAGCACCAGUUUAACAACCAGUAUAUGCUCAACCAGUUGUUUAACAACCAGUAUAUGCUUAACCUGUUGUUCAAUAACCAGUCUAUGCUUAACCAGUUGUCUAACAACCAAUCGUCACAUAAUCUGUUGUUGCUCAACCAGUUGUUACUUAACAAGUCGUUGCUCAACCAGUUGUUGCACCAUAAACAAUCUAAGGAGAAAGCAGAAUAGAAUAUGUCCCAUAUGAAAAAACUGUUGUAGAAUAUGAAGAAGUCAGAUAAAGAAUUUAAGUGCCAAGAGAAAAAUAUGUUACAGAUUAUUAUGCAGUGGAAUACCAAACCGAAUAUGUACCAUAAGUAUUCUAAGAGAAAUACACAGGUCUUUAUAUAUUCCUAAUUUAGAAUAUGUACCUGUUGAUAGAUAUCAAGAAAGAGUUGAAUAUUAUCCAGUAGAAAGAUAAGUUGUUCAUCAACCAGUCUAAUAAGUCUAAUAAGUUGUAGCUUAACCAGUUGUCUAACAAUCUGUUUAAGUAGUUUAACAACCAGUCUAAGUUGUUUAACAACCAGUCUAAGUUGUUUAACCAUAACCAGUCUAAGUUUAUUAAUAACCAAUUGUUUAAUAACCUUUGGUCUAAUCUAUCCCUGUUUAAACUGUUCGUCCAUAAGUUGCUCCUGUUUAUGCUCCAACUACAACUCUUCCAUUGGGUUAAACUGUAUCCCCAAGACGUCCUGGAGCUACUGUUCCAGCUAAACCAUUGGAUAAAACAUAAGUAAUUUAAUAUACCAUUAUGAUUCUUAGGGACCUAAUCAACCUGCCCAAUAAUAGAACAAACCAAAGAGCUUUUUGGAUAGAUUAUUUGACAGAGAUUGAAA